AUGAGCGGGGGCUUGGUGGGGAAACCAGCAGCGGCCUACAGAGGAACGUGGCAGUCUGGCAGGCAAAGCAGCAGCAAGGAGAGCAAGCAUACAACUGUUGGCCGCUCUCAGAGCUGGGACGCUAGUGGAUGUUGUGAAGACAACUGGGAAUACAACAGUGCGUGUGACUAUGCAAGGAAUCCUAGGAGAACAAAUUCCUUAAACUACCAUGGUGAAAUUGUUUCUGAUGACCCACAUAGCAUCAGAGUGCAUGGCAACAACUUGACAGGGGGAAAUGAACAUAACUCUGAAUGUUACAUGUAUUCAGACUUGGGGUUUGACCAGGUUUACCCCAAUCGGUAUGACCGCAGACCUGUGAGGAAAAGCUCUGUGCCUGAUUUCUCUUAUUCUUAUGAAAAGCAGCCCGUUAUGUCUGGACGCAGUUCAGUGCCUCCUCAGGAUUACUAUCCAGAUCCUGCUUUGGGCGUUAGGCCAUCUGAAGAGGCACGUUUUUAUCGGGAUCAUAUGCUUAACAGAUCACCACAGAAUUAUGGGAUGUCAGGAGGAAGGAUGUCAUGGGACCACUCACAAGGGAGGUCUCCCCGUCCUGAGAUAAAUCGUAUGUACCAUGAUCCUUCUGGUAAGCUGAUUCUCGAUGGACAGAAAACACGUAGCCGUGAUCCUUCUCCUGCCAGAUAUGGUGCUGAAACACCUCUCCCUCGUUACGGAACAGAGCCACCAUCUCUCGCGAAUAAGCAGAUGUACAGUGAUUCCACAGGUGCCCGACAGAUCACUCCAACAUGUUUAGUUGUUGAUCCUGCCACUGGAUCUCGAUGUGAGAACACUUUGGAUAGAAUGAUGUCUCCUGGUGUAUUAAAUCACACUCCUAGACAAGGAAUGGCAGCAAGAAUGAUGUCUGAUUACAGCUUGCAGAGAGAUGGUUUGGUGUCAAAGCCAGUUUAUGAUGGCUAUGACAACACCAUAAUAACUCGUGGUCACCUCCCUGGACAGGACAACAAGGCUGAAUUUCUGGCACUGUUGCGCUCAGAGGGGCUUUCGGAAAGUACAGUUGCUGCCUUGCUGCAACAAGGUUUUGAUUCAACAAGCUGCCUAGCUAUGUUAGAAGAAAAUGACAUUAAGUCAGUGGCUCCAAAUCUGGGUCAGGCACGAUUGCUGUUACGGAUUGUCCAGAAUUGCAAAGCAGACAUGCAGUUACGACAAGAGCUGCAAAAUACCAAUGCUCGUGUAAGAACACGUUCAAACAGCUUCAGCCACAGAAGUGAGCUAAUGCGUAAUGACUACGGAGUCCAACCAGGAAUGGCCCCUACAAUGGAUAGUUCUGCUGUUCAGCAGCUCCCAAUAGCAUUGCAGCCAAUGUCACCCAGGCUUGGUGAAUUGAACCGCCGACCAUCUAGUGCCCCAUCUCAACAUCUCCUGGAAACUGCAAACUAUUGUUCGUCUGGGCUUGGAAGAUUAGGGAAUCAUUUUCCAAGCUUCUCAGGCUAUAGCAAUCCUGUUGGGCUGCAAAAUCUGCGAUCGGGGCCUGUCUAUAGUGCUCAGUCUGGAAUAGCAAUGAAUACUGGACAGGUUACUCCAAAUCCAGGUCCCAAAACUGCCUAUUCUACUACUUACACUGUACCCAUUGAACUAAUGACAAGGGAGCGCAACCAAGCUCAUUCUCCAGCACACAGCCCUCACAGUAGUCCUCAGAUUCUCCGAAAGCCAGGAACACAGAUGGAAUCUACACUGGUACCUACAAGCUCAGCUUACAGAUUGCCGAAUACUGCAAACCAGAAAGUGACAAGACGUACAGGACCACCAAUCAUUGUGUCCACAAUGGCUUCACCUGAACCAAGUAUCCGUCCACAAAUUAUGAAUGGACCAAUGCACCCACGCCCCCUGGUGGCACUGCUAGAUGGCAGAGACUGUACCGUGGAGAUGCCAAUCCUGAAGGACAUGGCAACUGUUGCUUUCUGUGAUGCACAAUCUACUCAGGAGAUUCAUGAAAAGGUAGUACUGCAUUCAGUUUAA